CAAAAACAUACUCGGUGUCAUAACUGCUUUCGGAUCCCUCCCAGUGGUCAUCUCCGAGCUUGUACCGCAUGUAAAGAAGAGCUUUACUGUAGUAAAACCUGUCUGUCUUCUGUGGUUUCGAAUUUCUAGACUCCCACCCAACAAAUGCAAUCGAUAGGUCAGCAUGCAGCAUGGCAGAGACACCACCGAAGGCUUUGCAAGAAACUUUCGACUUUCCUGUCAAUGGCUCAAUUCCAACCUGGAGACCAGAGCGUUCAAUCGCAGUCCUUACUGCUGUGCCAUCUUCUCCUUGAGCACUUCUCAGAUCUCGGAGGAGGCGCCUUACAGCAGGGAAUCGAAAUUGGAGCUAAUGGUGGGACCGUAGAGCAUAUUUCCGAACGAAACGUAUUGCUUUCUUUGCUGCCACAUCCUGAACCUCAGCAGUCGCCACCAUUGCCUUUGUUCCUCGCCAAGGAGCAUUCCCAUGAACUAAUUCAGGCUCUAUCAUCCCGCUCGGUGAAUAAUGACUGGGUUAUCUACUCAUCCAGUCUCCAUCCGAUUGGCCAUGGAGUGUUCCCCCGCGCAAGCAGAUACUUUAAUCACUCGUGUUCACCUUCAGCGGUGCAGGUAUAUACCUUUGACGAGGCUGGACCAAUAAUGCACAUUAAAGCACUCAAAAAUCUGAGCGCUGGAGAAGAAAUUACCGUCACCUACAUUGACCCUGCUCAUCCGUAUGAUGUACGGAAAAAAGCGCUCGAUUCAACAUACGGAUUUGAAUGCCAUUGUCGCAAAUGCCAAUCUGACAAAGAGUUGCUACCUUCAAUCUCAGUUCCCCCUAGUUCAGAUGCGAUUGUUUCCCUGUAUCCCACCCUCAUUCGGCAUGUCAUUCCAUCUCUGGAACUCACUGGCACCUCGGAAGCACUCCCAGAAGUAGAUCCAAUUCUUCCACCACACUUGCUCACGUUACUGAGCCCAAGCCAUCUUCCCUACCUCAGUGAGGCUUUCAGUAAAGCAGCACAUUCUGAGACUCCGAAAGAGGAAACUCAUGGCCUUGGUUUGGCGCUUCUGGCGAUGUAUUUCGUCAUAUAUCCUCCAUACUAUCCAUUAAUAGGUAGGUCAUUUGCCUUAUCCAUCAGUCACCGAUUCACGUGCUCAUUGACGCCAAUGAGGCUUGCAUUGUCUUGAGCUCUCUAAGGUUUCCUGGAAUAUGUAUCUUUCCGGUACAACAGCCAGUUCGUUUCCAGACCCCGAGCAAGCCGCUCUCCGAUGCGCAAAGCUCUAUUUGGGAUGGGCAAGGGAUGUUCUUAAAAAUUUUGGGUCCAUAGGCGAUGUGAUGCAAGGGGCGAUGGUUACCGAUUGGAAAGCAGAAUUUAACCAAUUAGAUGCACUAACCAAGAAAGAAAUGGAGCCAUAAUUCGCG